AUGAAUAAUAUGGACUCAACUUUUAUUAUAAUUGGAGGUGGAAUUGCCGGGGUAUCAUGUGCUGAAGGCUUGGCUUUUUUAGCUCCAGAAGAAAAGGUAGUGUUAAUCACUGCUAGUUCACUUAUUAAAGCUGUAACUAAUAUUGUGCCGAUUAGUCAAAACUUGACACAAUUUGACGUUGAAGAACGUAAUAUAGUAACUUUAACUGAAAUGCACCCGUCUGUCUCUGUUGUACAUGAUUUGGUUGUAAGAGUGGAUAAUGAAAAUAAAUUGGUCGAAACCAAAUCAGGACAAGUAAUACGAUACAAAAAAUUAUGCUUGUGUACCGGAGCAAGUCCCAAACUUAUAACUGAAAAUAGUCCUCAUGUAAUUGGCAUAAGGGACACAGAGUCUGUGGAAAAGUUUUCCUCAAGAAUUAAAAAUGCCAAAAGAAUUGUAGUCGUCGGUAAUGGUGGAAUAGCCACUGAAAUAGUUCACGAAAUACGAGGAGUUGAAAUUAUUUGGGUAAUAAAAGAUAAACAUAUUUCUGCUACCUUUGUAGACCCUGGCGCAGCUGAAUUCUUCCAAAACAAGUUAAUUCAGAGAAAUGAUAAGUCCGAAUGUGAUAGAGUUGUGAAGCGAAUGAAAUAUACUGUUUCAGAAGGUCAAGUAACUAAAGGAGGCGCUGCUUUAGGCCCUGACUGGCAUAGUAGUUGUAACGUCAAAGGAACUUCUGUAGCUUCAAGCAAAGUACAAGUUGAAUAUGAAUGCGAAAUUAUUGGAGUAUCAAGCGAACAACAAGAUAAUGAAGAAUGGCCAAUUUAUGCAGAACUUACCAAUGGUAAAAUUAUAGGUUGCGAUUUCAUUGUAUCUGCAACAGGCGUUGUUCCAAAUUCUACCCUUAACGGGUUAGAAGAACUAAAUAAAGGGGGAGAUGGUGGUAUUUUAGUGGAUUCGAAGCUACAGACUUCUGAAAAAGAUUUAUUUGCUGCUGGAGAUGUUUGUACUGUAAACUGGAAUCUAGCAGAACAUUGGUUUCAAAUGAGACUCUGGACUCAAGCUUUGCAAAUGGGUCGUUAUGCCGCUAAAUCUAUGGCCUGUGAUUUAAGGGGUGAAGAUUUUUUCCAAGACUUUUGUUUUGAACUUUUCACGCAUGUGACAAAAUUUUUUGGGUUCAAAGUUGUGUUACUAGGGCUUUACAAUGGGCAAAAAUUGAAUGGCAGUUACGAAAUAUUAUUACGAAUGACAAAGAAUGUAGAGUACAUAAAGUUAAUAUUGAAAGACGGUAAAUUGAAGGGGGCUGUUCUCAUCGGAGAAACCGACUUGGAAGAAAUGUGCGAAAACUUGAUCUUGAACCAACUCGAUUUGACUAUUUAUGGAGAAGACUUAUUAAACCCUGAUAUAGACGUGGAAGAUUAUUUUGAUUAAGCUGAACAUUAAAUUGAGUGUGUGAAAUUUUUUUUGUGUGCACGAAGCAAAGAAACUUUGAAUAAUUGAAUGUAUUUUCCCUUUCUUCAAUUAAAC